AUGACCCAGGUACCAAUGAACAGAAUUAAACAAUUUUUAUCACAUAUAUCAGAACAAAGAAAAUUGAACAAACUAACCAACAAAAGGGAAAAUCUCAUAGAAAGGAAAAAUCAACAUAAAUUAAGAAUGAAAGGACUUCAAAAUGAAGAUCUCUUAAAAAGGAAUAAAAAUUAUGCAGAUAAACAAGAAAAGAAAAAUAUUACAGUUGAAGGAGACCAGCUAUUUAGGAUGGGUGUCGAGAUUCUCCAGCAGUCUAAAAGUCAAAAGCAGAAAGCAGAAGCCUACAUGUUCUUUGCCAAAGCAGCUGACAUGGGAAACUUGAAAGCAAUGGAGAAAAUGGCUGAUGCUUUGCUGUUUGGAAAUUUUGGCAUGCAAAACAUAACAGCAGCUAUCCAAUUAUAUGAGUCCUUGGCCAAAGAAGGAUCAUAUAAAGCCCAAAAUGCACUAGGACUUUUGUCUUCUUAUGGGAUAGGAAUGAAAUAUGAUCAAGCAAAGGCCCUAAUAUACUAUACCUUUGGAAGUGCUGGAGGAAGCAUGAUGUCUCAGAUGAUUUUGGGGUACAGAUAUUUGUCAGGAAUUAAUGUUCUACAGAAUUGUGAAGUUGCCCUAAAUCAUUACAAGAAAGUGGCAGAUUACAUUGCUGAUAAGUUGGAAAAAAACGAAGGUUUUCCAGUGGAAAAAGUGAGACUAACUGAGAGACCUGAAAAUCUGAGUUCUAACAGUGAGAUACUGGAUUGGGACAUAUACCAAUACUAUAAAUUUUUGGCAGAAAGAGGAGAUGUUCAGAUACAAGUAUCUCUUGGACAAUUGCAUUUAAUUGGGAGAAAAGGUCUUGACCAAGAUUACUAUAAAGCAUUGUAUUACUUCUUAAAAGCAGCAAAGGCCGGGAGUGCAAACGCCAUGGCAUUUAUAGGAAAGAUGUAUCUAGAGGGGAAUGCUGCAGCACCACAAAAUAAUGCAACUGCUUUAAAAUACUUCUCCAUGGCAGCCAGUAAGGGCAAUGCAAUUGGUCUUCAUGGGCUUGGUCUUCUGUACUUCUAUGGGAAAGGAGUUUCUGUGGAUUAUGCUGAAGCACUUAAAUACUUUCAGAAAGCUGCAGAGAAAGGAUGGCCCAAUGCACAGUUUUAUUUAGGCUUCAUGUACUACUCUGGCUCUGGAGUAUGGAAGGACUAUAAACUUGCCUUCAAAUAUUUUUACUUGGCAUCUCAGAGCGGGCAGCCCCUCGCCAUUUAUUAUCUGGCCCAGAUGUAUGCAACAGGAACGGGAGUGUUACGAUCAUGCAGAACAGCUGUGGAGCUUUAUAAAGGUGUCUGUGAACUAGGCCACUGGGCUGAGAGGUUCCUUACAGCAUACUUUGCCUAUAAAGAUGGUGAUAUCGACUCUUCUCUUAUUCAGUAUGCAUUACUUGCAGAAAUGGGGUAUGAAGUAGCUCAAAGCAAUUCAGCGUUCAUUUUGGAAUCUAAAAAGGCUAAAAUUCUUGAGAAAGAGAAGAUGUAUCCAAUGGCACUUCUCCUCUGGAAUCGGGCUGCCAUUCAAGGCAAUGUAUUCGCUAGAGUGAAAAUUGGAGAUUACUAUUACUAUGGCUAUGGGACGAAGAAAAACUAUCAGACGGCAGCCACACAUUACAGCAUUGCAGCUGACAAAUACCACAGUGCUCAAGCCAUGUUCAACCUGGCCUAUAUGUAUGAACACGGUUUAGGUAUUGCCAAGGAUGUUCACUUGGCCAGGAGACUAUAUGAUAUGGCAGCUCAAACUAGUCCGGAUGCUCACAUACCUGUAUUUUUUGCUCUCAUGAAACUGGAAACUGUACACCUGCUCAGAGAUAUCCUGUUUUUUAAUUUUACAAUGAGAUGGAAAUGGAUCCAGCUGGACAACACCUUUGCAUCCUACUGGGAUUUACUUUUGAUUGGCCUCAUUGUUGUUCUCCUGAUCUUCCUGCUGAGAAACCACUAUUGGUAGGGUGUGGCUCAUAGAAAACCUGCUGAUGGAAACUAGUUCACUCCAAGGUAACUCUGCUAAAUAAAGAAUUUCCUCCUCAAAAAAGUGUGUUGCAGGUUCCUCACAU